AUGGACGCAUUCUUCACCAUCGCGCCGCCGGUCCCCGUCGACGAGCCCACCGCGGACGUCCCGAUUGACCUUGACGACACCGGCACCAGCGGGAACAGCGGGUCCUGCAUCAUUGCCUAG